UCCAGAUCGACAAACAGGCAGACAUGGCUUUCAAGUUCAUCAUCUUUUCGGCCCUCGUGGCAGCCGUGGCUAACGCCGCUAUUCUGCCGGAAUCUUACCACGGCCUCGGCGUUGCCCAGUUGUCGGAGCACCAGGUCGAGGAAGACCACUACGACCACCACCCCAAGUACAAGUUCGCCUACGAAGUGCACGACUCGCACACUGGAGACAUCAAGAGCCAGCACGAGGAACGAGACGGAGACACCGUCCACGGCAGCUACUCACUCAUCGACGCUGAUGGACACAAACGCAUUGUCCACUACACCGCUGGCAAACACAUCGGGUUCCACGCCACUGUCCACAGGGAGCCGAUCUCGCACCACGAACCUCUGGCCAUCAACACGCACUACUCCUACCACCAUUAAAACUUAGCGUCAGCCAUACAAUAGUUUGAAGUGGUUUCAAUACCAGCGUGAAUGUGUUAGCUGUUUUUGUAAAUAUUGGAGAUGAUUGUGUUUAGUUGAAAUUUUCUGAUACUUUAGUUUUAUAAAUUGCAUUACUUGAGACUGGUGUAGUCAAACGUUUGCAACGACAAUAAUAAAUCAAUACAUUGAUGUACAAUAAUCAUUGUUUUAAUUCUAACCUUUGUUUUUUGGUCCCAUUAAUUUGUUGAUUUAAUUUAAUUAUAUGCAAGAUUAAAAUACAAAGCUUCCUCUAGGAGGAAGCAAAAUUCG